GCCAUACAGUGUUUCGUUUGGAAGAAAGAUGGUCAGUGAAUUUAAUAAGUGUUACAAUCUCACUGAGAUUUUUACGGAAGAUGAAGUCGAUGUUAUAAUAAGAAAAGCGUUAGGUAAUGGACAAUGGAGGCUAGUGAGGAGUGACUUCAAGCAGAUGUCUGAUGGGCUUACGGGUUUUCUGGGGGAUCAUAUUAAGGGUGCUCUGCAUAUCGAAGCUGAUGGAAGAAUAUUCACAUUGUUCAUCUUUAUAAAACGAAUGCCAAGGAAUAACAAACCUAAAGCUGAUUUUAUUACGGAGCAUAAUUAUUAUAAGAGGGAACGAUUGGUGUUUUCAUUAUUUGGAAAUUUGGAGGAUUUUGAUUCCAACCCGUGGAUUCCUAAGGGAUACAUUUACACCGAUGAGUUGUUGGUAUUGCCUGACCUCAGCGCCGAAGGAUAUGCCUCGCGACAUCAUCUAGACACCUUAGAUUUGUCACAUGUCUUGAUAACUGCUACUUCCUUAGCCCGCUUCCAUGCUGCAUAUGCGAACUAUGAGUCUAAAAAGUGUGUGAAUAAUGUUCCAUACAAUAUACUGAAUGAUUAUGGCGAUAUCAUGGAAGAACCCACAUUCAAAGAAUCUCCAUGGUUGCGAGCAGCUGCUAAGCUCACAGCGAAUUUCUUAGCGACGUUUUCUACUAAAUACAGAAGUGUUGACUUGGAGAGUGUGUUAAACGUGUUGUAUGUAGAAGCUUGUGAUAGUCUCAGAGACUACGAAGACACCGUAAACGUCCUUCUUCAUAAAGAUUUAUGGAUGAACAACAUAAUGUUUAAGUAUGAAAAUGGUGUUCCAGUAAAUGCAAUAUUAGUCGAUUUUCAGUGUCUAAGAUAUGCCCCUCCAGCCUUUGACUUGAUGGUUUUCCUGUAUUUGACUACUUCAAGGAGUUUCCGAGAGAAACACGAAGGAGAAGUCUUGCGUCAUUAUUAUAAUACCUUUUGUAGCUUAUUAGACGAUAAAACAACAGAAAGAAUUAGAAAUUUGGGAUAUGAUAAAGAAGAGUUCUUGGAUUGGUGUAAUAGAAGCAGAAUGUUUGGAAUGUUGGAAACUAUUACAAUCUUCCCGUUCGUGCUGAUGGAUCCAAAGACUGCUGAGAAGACUUUCGAUGAUCCUGACACUUAUGCUAAAUAUUUGCACGAAGAUAGAUCGGAACCGGUGAUAGCUUAUGCCAACAAGUGUUCAGUUUACAAAGAACGGCAGGUGGAAGUCUGCGAAGAGUUCGUUGAAAGAUAUGUGUUAAAUGAUAUACGUCAAAUGCUUGUCGAAGAUUAAUAUAUUAGAAGAAGCAGAUUUUAAGCUGCGAGUACUUUAUGUCGUAACAUUUUACAUUCGUUAGAAGAUUUAAUGGGUGACAGAAGGUUAUUAAAGAUCAAGGUGGUGAUAGGGUGGUGAUCAAGGAAUAACUGUAGAUCGAAGAAUAAAUCAGCUCGACGAAGUGAUAAUAUUAUUAUAGUACCUACUACAUUAGUUGUUUAUAUUGGCCCAGUCAUAGGAAGGAAUGGAUAUUAUACCCUUUAGAAGGAUGAUACCGCUUCAUUUAGUGAAUAUUAUAAUUUUACAGUUAAUGUUGCUUUACAGUUCCCUAUAGGGAUCCCCAGAGGGGGUGAUAUCGGGCAGGCAGCCGAUCCUAAAAACCAUGGUAAAAGUUAAGCCAAAUCCUUUCAGCAACAUACUAGUUAAAGUAUGUUACGUUAGUCCUAUAUUGGAUCAAGAUAUAGGUGAGAGGCAGGAAGUUUUCUCUAAAAGGGCAAAAAGAAAGCAGAAAAUUGGACACUGAAUGGCUUAACGAGUUGUGGAAAGAGAAAAGUGCAAACAAAUUAUUUGGAAUGUAUUGUCUUUGAAGACGCAAAUUUAGAUUUCGAGUAACAGUAGCACUGAGUAGUUACUCGGACUUUUGUCGAUUUUUAAGUUAAUUAUAUUGCAAUGCUUAAAUAGAAUUAUUUAUGAUAAAUUUUGAAUUCAGAUUAGUUUUAUAUCAUACUGAUCCAUUUUCUAUAAUAUUUCUCAAUUUUGUUUUGUUAUAUUGUAUCGUUAUUAAAUGUUUUUGUUGAUUAUA